CUUUUCGAUGCUGAUGGAAAGAUUCAAGAUAUACAAACCAUCAGCAGUUUACCUCCCACUGAUUUCAGUGGUAUAAGGUCUAUGUACUAUUUCACGCCUAACUACAAAGUUGCCGAAUAUUAUGCAGCGUACGCGAAAAGACGAGCUCAUUGCGAAGCUGUUGUUGUAAUACAACUAACUGUCCCCAAUUCCGCCAUUGAGGGACUUGAUGCCCCUUCACUCCAGAAAUACUAUUGGCCAACCGACGAGUGGAAAGAGUUGAUUUGGUCAUCUCGUAGAGUUGGUUUACCUCCCAAACACCUACACACCGAGCAAGCGAAACUCAUCAUCGGUCACAUCGCAAGGGACCCAAACAAAAAAUACAAAGAUAUGUCAUCCAAGGGUGAUAUUACUGAGAGUUGCCUGUUGAAGGCAGGCCCGCAAGAACAACAAGUUGCCGUACAAUUUGUUUUCCCUCGAGGCCGGAACGGCAGUGAAUUUCUUUCAGAACUUGCGGUCGACAAUUUGGAGGUUUAUCCUUUUACAAAGAAAGAAUUCCGCAGAUGUCCUGAGGACAGGGUUUGAGGAGAGAAUGAUUCAUUUCAUUCAUUACCUACGUUACUCGGCAGGUACUAACCCGCUGAGGUUUAAAGACUCUAACAUGUGGAUCCGAUGAGGUCGAGACGGGAAAUUUUAUCCAUAGUGUUCGGUCAAUGCCUGAACUGAGUUGAGUGCAUUAUAUCAGUGAGCAUUAUUCUUCCUAAAGGCUUUCCGUCCAAGGCUGGCGGGCAAUGUGACAACAGGCGGGCCAAGUCCACCAUAUCUGGGGUUUCGUGGCCGCCGUCUCCCC